CAUUUUCGAGUUUCUGUUGUGUAGGACUCCUUGCCAAAACAGCAAUGUCAAACUCUUUGUUUAGUCAGUCGUAUAUUAUUAAGUGUGAUAACAGAAGUUGCAUGACAUUGGUUUGAAAAAUUUACAUCAGCUGCAAAUGUAAACAGGAAGUGACCUUUGAACGUAGGGGGAACAGCUGUAUUACACGUGUUUGUGGUCAGUGAUUGUCAACAAUGACAGGAGGAGAUCGUCAGUCAGCAUUAGUGUAUGCAGAUUCAUUCUGGUUCAAAUACACACUUUCAGCGGUUGCUGCAGUUGUAGCAGAAACAGUGACAUAUCCAUUAGAUCUAACAAAAACCAGAUUAAUGAUUCAGGGUGAGAAAAAUGUGGAAGGAAACAGUAUUACAGUCCAGAAGAGGGGAAUGGUCAGCACAGUGAUUGGUAUAGUAAGAGAAGAAGGUGCUACCAAGAUAUUUCAAGGUCUCACUCCAGCUCUGUACAGACAUAUUGUGUACACAGGAUGUCGAAUGUCUAUUUAUGAAAUCAUCAGGGAAAAAGUUCUAAAGAGAAAUCCAGAUGGCAGCUUUCCCAUAUGGAAAUCAUCAUUAGGUGGUCUUACAGCAGGUGCUAUGGGUCAAUUCAUUGCUAGUCCGGCAGAUCUAGUCAAAGUACAGAUGCAAAUGGAAGGUCGACGAAGGUUAGAAGGUAAACCUCCAAGAGUAAAGAAUACAGCUCAGGCGUUUCGAAAGAUAAUAACAGAGGAAGGCUUUAGAGGCCUCUAUAGAGGUGUUGUGCCAAAUGUACAGAGAGCAGCAUUAGUUAAUAUGGGAGAUCUAGCAACAUAUGAUACAGUGAAACAGAGAAUUUUACGGAAUACCUCUCUAAAGGAUAACUGGGUGACACAUACAAUAUCAAGUGCCUGCUCAGGAUUAGUUGCAGCUACCCUUGGAACACCAGCUGAUGUAGUCAAAACUAGAAUUAUGAAUCAACCAACAGAAAAUGGAAGAGGUACUUUAUAUAAAGGUACAUUGGAUUGUUUGGUUAAGACAGUCAGACAGGAAGGUUUCUUUGCUUUAUAUAAAGGAUUUUUGCCUAUAUGGGCAAGAAUGGCUCCAUGGUCAUUAACAUUCUGGAUAUCUUUUGAAGAAAUCAGGAAACUAUGUGGUGCAUCAUCAUUCUAAUCUCAGUGUAGUCAUAUAUGCAAAUCAAAAAUAUUAAAAGAGUAUUAAUGAACACAUGAAACAUGAGGUUAAUUUUUUAUUUUCAUGAAUUCAAGAUGUGUUCUUCAUACCUUGAGCAGAUUUUGAAUAUUUUAUAGCUGAUAUAUACACUUGUUACAUAAAUAAAUACAAAUUCAGAAAUUA